AUUACAGGCACGAGCCACUGAGCUGGGCCUCCAACUUCCAGAUUUCUUUUGGAAGAAAAAAGAAAUCUUUUUCAAGAUGUUUUUGGCUAUUUGAAAUUCCUCAUGAAUUUUAUGGUAGGUUUUCUAUUUCAGCAGAGUGUCACGGGUACUUUUAUAGGAAUUUUAUGAAUCUGCGGAUCACUGAGAAAUAUCGUCUUCCUAUCUGUGAACACAGGCCAUUUCCGCAUGGCCAGUGUUUCAGCCUUCCAUCCAAGCCAGCAGCAAGCAACAGAGUCACGGAACAGAAGGACUGUGUGGUCCCGACCUGCCUCACAAGUGACACGGGAACCUCUAUUCAGUGGACCUUCAGUGACCGCAGUCUGCAGGUCACAGAGAACGUGAGGCUGUCCUGGGACCGCUGCAUGCUCAGCAUAGACCCCAUUAGGAGGGAGGACUCUGGGGAGGGUCAGUGAGAGGUCUCCCACACGGCCAGCUCCUGCAGAAGUGAGCCCCUCACACUGACUGAAACACCAGCCACCUCAGUCCCCCCACAAGGUAGUCAGCUCUAAAUCGAUGCUUUUCCUGUAAAAUCUUGGUAAAUCACCUACUUCCUUUGUAGAGCCCUUGUGAAGAGCAAUGGGAUGGAGGUGGAAGGUCCUUGGAGAACGUUUCAAUAAAUGCUCAGCGUUGGCCGGGCGCGGUGGCUCAAGCCUGUAAUCCCAGCCCUUUGGGAG